GUAACGAUGACAUCGCCAAAGUUGUGUUGUACUACCCAAGUUCGAGUGAACCCACAAACCACAAUGCAGCCUUGUACGCGACGACGGGGACGAGUGAUCCGACCUUUGUCAAUCAAAGUAGUGUUGCCACGGGUCAACAACAACGAGCAUUUGUAAGUGGAUGCCCAGGCAGACUCGGGACUUGUUGGCGAGUUAUCUUGACAAGCGUCACAAACGGCUGACUUUUGAUUCCACACACCGGAAAAAAAACCCCACAGGCAGUAUACUCGGAAACCACAUUUGUAUGUCCGUCGUAUUGGAUGGCGGAGGCGUACAGUAGUGGUAGUGGCGAUGAUACCCGAGAAGGUCGAAAAACAUCAUACAAGUAUCAAUAUUCUGUACCCAUAGCGGUCCAUGGGUCAGACUUGACCGCUUACUUCGGUCCACCUACCCCCAACCAAAGUCCUGAAUUCGUCAAAGCCGCAAUGCAAAUCUGGGGUAAUUUUAUCACCACAGACAAUCCUUCUAUACCUAGUGAUGUGGCCAGUGGUGGUGGUGGUGGUGGUGGUGGAUCGACCGACGACGACGACAACAACACGAGCACGAGUAACCCAGCGUCGAAUUGGCCUCCUUUCACCAUCAACUCUCCAUAUCAGAUCGACCUGAACGUCACCGGCGGUACACCUUUUGCAUUUAACCUGUCUUAUAUCGACGCCAAUCUGACCGAACCUGGAGAGCCCGGGUUGUCGAACAGUAUCACCCUGGUCAAUGCCUAUACCUGGGAAGGUGGCAGGGGGUACAGGUGUGACAUGUGGCGUGGUCUAGGUAGCAUAGUCCCGGAGUAAGUCUUACGGACUUUCAGAGGGUACCCCGAACGCAUAGUAUCUCAUCACCAUUCAAUAACCUAUCUCGAUUCAGGGUCGUCAAACUGCGACCACUGGUCUCGCU